AUGGCUUCAAAGAAUGAUUCAGAAUCAAUCGAUGUUUCGGAAUCAGAGAAGGCUUCGGAAACAAAGAAACUUUCGGAACUGGAAGUGAACCUUAAAAUAGUUAAAAGACUUUUGAGUGAGAAUUUGUAUACAUAUGAUUCUCUAAUCGAACAACUCAAGGCACAUAAUUUUUUUGUUGUUGGCUUGUGUUUUCUAUGUAUCCUCCUUGGGAUUAUUCUAUUACUUAUAAAGAAAGAUAUUUUGGAUAUUUCAUUUGUUGGGAAUGUUGUUGUGUCUUCCAUUACGCUUAUUCUUACCGGAAGCAGUGUUAUUAUGACCCUAAAAGAUAUUAUUUCGAAAUCUGACAAUUCAGGAGAGAGAAGGAAUAAUAUUAUUUUUGAGGAUAAUACUUCUAUGUUCGGAGAACAAGACUUGGAAAUGAUACUUGAUAAAAAUAAAAAUUGA